GUUGAAAUGUUGUCAUUUCCCCAGCAUUCAAUUUAUAUAAAAAAACUCAUUAGAUAAGUUUUAUACCUGGGCAAUUUCUCUUUCGCUUGUCGUCAUUGAACAUUUUAUGUAUUACUGCCAAAACUGUAAGACGUGUGUUCGAAUGGCGUCAAUUUCGUUUAAAUGCUUUAUUUGUGAUAUGCCCUGUGUGGCUAUUGAUAAGAACCGUGGAUUCAACAUCGCGAGCACAUUGGCGAUGCCAUUGUCUGCUGUUCUCGAGAAAUGUUUACGUGUUGUGGCCGAUGUCGAGUGUGAAUACUUUUGCACGACAUGUGCCGAGAAAAUUGAAGAGUACGACCGUCUGGUGUGGCAAAGUCAACGAAUUGAAAAAGAGUUGCAUGCACAAUUCCAAAAUAAAUCCAUAAAAUUUGAGGCAGAUGACCAACGUCCAAUUAUUAGCAAUGGAAUCAUAUGGGAUCGAGAUCGAGUUAAUGAGGUGUUGAUUGAAAUGGCCACUGGACAUAAUGAUGUGGACGUGGAGAGAAAACCAAAUAUUGAACUGUUGAAUUUGGAUCUCGAACCACAGAAUGGAAGAGACAAUGAAAUGAAGAGGAAGAUUGGAAAUGAUAAAAAUGGGUCUAACAAAAAGUUCGAUAGCCAAAAAGAUGCACCAAUUUUGGAAAAUAAAGUUUCAUGUGACUAUUGUGGCCGGACAUAUCGAUCAAAGAGCGCUCUCAGUGUGCACAUUGUGAAGCAUAUCGACAAAAAUCCGUUUGAGUGUAAUUUGUGUGGAAAAACUUUCACACAACGAGGUGGUAUGGUUCGACACAUGCGAAUCCACAGUGGAGAACGACGUCAUCAGUGUGACGUUUGCGGCAAGCGUUUUAUCCAUACUGCAUCAUUUAAUGUCCAUAAAAAGAUUCACGCUGGUGAAAGACCGAAAAAAUGUACGGUGUGUGGUUCCAAUUUUCGUUCAAACAGUCACGUCGCAAGGCAUAUGCGAACUCACACUGGGGAAAAACCAUUCAAAUGUGAAGUUUGUGGUCAAAAAUUUGCUCAAAGGUACAAUUUGACAACUCACCAAAAAACACACGAGAGAGACCAGGGAGAGCCACUGAAACAUUACAAGUGUCUCGUUUGUCCGGAGACAUUCAUUCGCCGUGAAAAAUUGGAUGAUCAUUUAGUACAAGCCCACCAAGCGAUUGAAACCUCAAUUUCACUCGGCGUGUUCAAUUCCGCAUAAAAAUGUACUUGAAUGUACCGUGAUAAUGUUGACAUUGUUUAGGUUACUCUAUUAAUGAUGCCAACAAUUUGAGCAUAUAUUUUAUUUUAACAGAAUAUACUAACCAUCACUUGUUCACAAUGAGAAUGAAUCAUCACUCACCCAUUUUUUUAAAUCAAAACUAAUGAAUAUAUUUUUUUAUAUUCAAACAUGUUGAUUUUUCAUAUAUUGUUUAUAAACUAUUAAGUACAAUGCUCCUUGAAAUAUAAGCAUAAACAUUUAUGCACAAUUUACAUUGA